AUGUCAGAUUCUUCGAUACCUCUGAACCCCGUUGAAUUAUGGAGACCCAAAGAUGUCUCCAACACUGCUAUGGAAGACUUUCGUAGAAUUGUCAAUAAAAAGUUUAACCUGAAGCUAGCCAACUAUGAGGACUUGCGUAAAUGGUCUGUGGACAAUAUUCCUGAAUUUUGGGCAUCCGUCUGGAAUUACACGAAAAUAAUUCACUCUGUAGCUUAUGAUCAAGUCCUAGAGUCUAAACCUAUGGAAGAAAUUCCUGGUUGGUUCAUUGGAGCCAGACUAAACUUUGCCGAAAAUUUGCUUUGGUGCCGCGACCCGAACAAGGUUGCUUUGAUUUCGUCUGGUGAAAACCGGCCUUAUCAGACACUUUCAUACCUACAACUCUACAACGCCGUUCGUCGGGUCGCUUCGUCCCUUCGCAAACUCGGCCUCCGACCAGGAGAUCGCGUUGCUGCAUACAUUAGCAAUUGCGCGGAAGCUGUCAUAGCUAUGCUUGCCGCAGCAAGUAUUGGCUGUGUUUGGGCAAGCACUUCACCUGAUUUUGGAAUUUCUGGUGUGCUUGAUAGAAUAUCGCAAAUUAAUCCAAAGGUCCUGUUCUCGGUCAAUGCAGUGGUGUAUAACGGUAAAACUCAUGAACAUCUAACCAAGGUGAAAACAGUGGCAGAGAAGCUUGAUGAAAUUGGAUUGCAGAAAGUGAUCGUUAUACCGUUUGUGGAGACUGCGUCAAUGGACAUUCGAGAGAUACCUGGUGCCAUGUCUUGGAAUGAGCUUCUUAGUAUGGCUGAUGAAAAUGAAGAACUUUAUUUUGAACAGUUACCUUUUGAUCAUCCACUGUUUGCCCUUUUCUCUUCUGGGACUACUGGUAAACCCAAAUGUAUUACUCAUAGAGCAGGUGGUUUACUUCUUCAGUUCAAAAAGGAACAUAUGCUACAUGGUGGUUUGACUCCAGAUGAUGUGUUCUUCUAUUAUACAACGACUGGAUGGAUGAUGUGGAAUUGGUUGGUGGGUGGAUUGAGUGUUGGUUGUACUGUCGUACUGUAUGAUGGAUCACCAUUCAUACCAGGUCCAUCUAUACUAUGGGAAUUGGCGGAUGCGUUAAGAAUUACAGUGUUUGGCGUUUCUGCCAAGUAUAUACAAUCUCUUCAGGACGUGGAAUACAUACCUAAAGCUCGCCACAAUCUCGAGUCUAUCCGUGUGGUACUAUCCACUGGAUCACCAUUAAAUCCAGAAAGCUUUGAUUUCGUAUAUGAAGCAAUCAAAAAAGAUAUAGUUCUUGGUUCCAUCACGGGCGGCACAGACAUAUGCUCAUUGUUUGCUGGAUAUAAUGUCACUCUGCCGGUUUAUCGAGGAGAAAUUCAAUGUCGCUGUUUAGGCAUGGCCGUUGAAGCAUGGAUUGGACAAGACAAACCAAUCUAUGGCCAGUCAGGUGAUUUGGUUUGUACCAAGCCGUUUCCGUGUAUGCCAAUAUUCUUUUGGAACGAUUCAAACAAUUCAAAAUAUCGUGCUGCAUAUUUCGACAAUUAUACUUCGACAUGGUAUCACGGAGAUUUUGUUUGGAUUAAUCCAAAAACCGGUGGAGUUGUAGUGCUAGGGCGUUCUGACAGCACACUUAAUCCGGGUGGAGUUCGCUUCGGUAGUGCUGAAAUUUACAAUGUAGUUGAUGGUUUCAAGGAGAUUGAAGACAGCCUUGUAAUUGGUCAAAAGAUGGGGGAUGAUGAGAGAGUUGUCUUGUUUGUAAAGAUGGCAGAGGGGUUAUAUUUAAGGGACGAACUUGUUGAAAGACUCAAGAAGAAAAUAAGAGAGCAGCUGAGCCCAAGACACGUUCCAGCUGUGAUAUUGGCAAUCAAGCAAAUUCCUUAUACUGUUAACGGAAAGAAGGUUGAAGUAGCUGUGAAGAGAAUCAUUAGUGGAGAGAAGGUUAUUCCUUCAGGGACUCUAGUAAAUCCUGAAAGCUUGGAUCAGUUUUACAAUAUUCCACAGCUCAAACUUUGA